UGCAUGCACGGUAAACCGACCCGGGAGCUCAGCUUGGUGGAAAUACCGGUGAAUUUUCUGUGACACAGGCUCGGACGCUCAUUUACAGCUAUGGCGACCCUCAAACUUUUGGCAAACCGAAUCAAGUCGGUCACAAACAUCCAGAAAAUCACCAAGUCCAUGAAAAUGAUAGCGGCUGCAAGGUAUACCAAAGCAGAACGUGAACUGAAGUCGGCAAGGUCAUAUGGAGUUGGUGCAACAGCUCUGUAUGAGAAAGCAGAGAUUGAGCCACCCAUGGAGAAGGAGAACCACUUGGUGAUAGCACUGUCCAGCGACCGAGGUCUCUGUGGUGGUAUCCACUCUAAUGUCACCAAGGCAGUCAAAGCAUACAUCCUGGAACAGGGUGACAAUGCCAAUAUCAAAAUCGGAGUCAUAGGAGACAAAGCCAGGUUGCAACUACAGAGAACACACAGAGACAAUAUUCUGUUCGCGGUGAAUGAUUACGGGAGGAAACCCCCUAGCUUCACUGAGGCAUCCAUGGUUGCCAGUGCUAUCCUGGAUUCUGGCUACGAGUUUGACACCGCAGAGGUCAUCUUCAACAACUUCAGAUCUGUUGUAGCAUACAACACUAAAAGGCAGCCUGUUAUUCCGUUUGAUACACUGAGUACAGCAGAGAAGAUGAGCGUAUAUGAUGACAUUGAUGCAGACAUCUUGAGGAACUACAGUGAAUUCCAGCUGGCUAGUGUCCUCUACACAUGCAUGAUGGACGCAAACUGCAGUGAACAGAGCUCUAGGAUGACUGCCAUGGACAAUGCCACAAAGAAUGCAGGUGAAAUGAUUGACAAGCUGACACUGAAGUACAACCGUACCAGACAAGCCGUCAUCACCAGGGAACUGGUGGAGAUCAUCUCAGGAGCUUCUGCUUUAGAAUGAUCUUAAAUUCUUAACAAAUAUCAUCUGUUGAGAGCCAGAAGGGCAUUAAGACAUGUACCCUACAUUGAGCUAAUACCUUUUAGCUCCCAACAGACCAUAUAUGGCUUCAUAGUGUUUUGUAAUUGUGUUUUAUUUUUGGCCAAUCGAUUCUUCAAUGCAGAGGUCAAUCGGAGGAGAAACUGUACAUUUGAAAAUUGAGUAAAUGCAUGUACAAGCAAAGAUUUGUGCACGCCUUUUUAGAAAUAAAAUAGUAAUGUCAAUCGUUACCAGGGAUAGUAAAUUGAAAGGGAGCUUUGAUCGAAUGAUGGCCUCCUGAUGGGCGGGAAGAUGUGAUAUAAGAAAUUAAUUAAGAUACCGGAUAAUCCUAACACCUUAUUCCAUAUUUAUCGGCUCUGAACAAGAAGAACAAGUGUACAAACGAUUUUGACUUCCAUUUAAUUGAGAUACAAACAAGCCAUUUGUACAGAAGCUCAAACGAUUUUGACAUCAAUUUAAUUGAGAUACAAACAAGCCAUUUGUACAGAAGCUCAGGCCUAGCUCUAUAAGAUCACAGAUUCCUUGCAGUUUGCUUCUCUACAAGAACCUGUUUUAAUUUGAGGUAGAAGCAAGGAGACAGAAUUUGAUAGCAUACCUAUGUGAGAGCGCUGACUGUAUUCUUGACUGCACACAGAUUUGAUAUUGAUAUUGUAUUAAAUACCAGAGGACCUAAAUAUCUGAA